AAAUCAGCGCCAGCGGCCCGGCCGUGCCGCGAGGCAGCCCCGCCCCACCCGCAGCGAUCGUCAAGAGCCAAAACGAUCUCGCAGUGGUAGGCACACGGCAGGAGACGGACGGCGGCAGCCCGAGGGCAGCCCAAAAACUCAUAGAGCAGGAUGUUCAGCAAGCGCGCCUUCAACGCGCGGCGGCGCAAGACCCAGGCCCUCGCCAAGAAGCCCGUCAAAGUAGCCAAUGAAAAACCUACAACAGAAAUUUUCGUCAAUCAGACCGUGAUUCCCUUCAAGAAGACCUGCGACUUCUGCGAAGAGAAGCGCGCGGUUUUUCAUUGCCCGAAAUGCACGACGACGGCGACGGGUACCGGAGAUUUUCUUUGCGAUAGCUGUGAUCUCGAGGUCCACCGCCACGUCAAGAGAAGAAAUCAUAUUAGAACCCAAAUCCCGGACGUCACGGCGCGGGAAGCGGUGCACAAGAUCAUGGGCUGCUUCAAGUACCUGUUGGCGCGCAAGGUCCUCGUGGCCAAGUGCCGCCUCGAGUUCCAGCGCUUCUUCGACCCCCCUACGAAGACGUACUUCUACUUCCGGCCGUCGAUCCAGGUUUCUAGCCGGCGUCCUAUGUACUUUCUUCGCGUCGCGGCGAUGGCGUAUGCUCCGGUCCGGUCCGUCGAACGCCCGCGUGGCGCCGCUCGAGGUCUUUGGCGCCGCGGCCGCGGCCGAGCCCACUUCAGAGCCUACGGCCAAGCCGACGAACGCGCAUCGCCGCGGUGAGAGAGAACACGCCAUCGCCGCAAGAGACAAAGCCAACACCACAAAAACCAACGCAGGAGACGUCCUGGCGCAAGCCCCUCUGCCUCAAGGAGGCGGAGCUCUGCCCCUACCCGUCCUUCGACGACUACGUCUUCCGGAUCCAGGCGCGGCCACCGCGUCCGAGGGGCCUUCACUCGCGUCGAUGGCGUACGGAUGGACGCCGCGGCGCGUCGGUGGCGCGGUGGCGGACGAGGGCGCUGAGAGAGACGUAGACAGAGGGACAUGAACAGCAACAACGCAGGGCCUCGCGCGUCACAAGGCCGCGCGCAACUACUUGAUCGAGCUCAUCCGCCAGACCUACGACAAGAUCUUCUCGCGGGAGUACACGCGCUUCUACUACCACUUCAACGGGAAGUCGACGCUCGUGCCGCGCGUGGCCUGGACGAAGCCGCGGUUCCUCUACUGGCGCGACCUCAAGGCGUUCAAGAGCGAGGACGUCGCCGCGCUGAUGAUCCAGAACCAGUGGCACGCCUACAAGGCGCGCCAGUUCAUGAUGAACGCCGUGCGCGCGCAGUACACCGUCAAGACGGACCCCCUGACGGGGCGCCUCAUGUACACGAACGUGCACACGCACAAGCGCGGCUUCAAGAAGCCGCCUUUGUUAGGUAGCGAGGAACUGGAUCCCGAGGACAUGAGCCUCUGGGGCAUUUAUCGGCUGGGCGUGUUCUUCCGGCGGCUCGGUUAUGGGUUCAUCGCGCCGGAGCUCCGAAGGUUGAUGCUGUGCGGAAAUCACCAUCGACGCGACGUCGUCCCCGUGAUGCAUCUGAAGGUAUAACUCACUGGUUGAUUUCGACACAGGUUCGACGUGGACGGGGCGCUUCUCCUGUCCUUCGAGUGGCAGGACUACGUCGAUUUAGGAUUCACGCAGUCGCACGUCAUCAAGCGCGUUUUACUGCAAAUAGAAAAAAGGGCCUUCUUCAAGAGCCACCGCGAUUUACCCGUAACGCUAGUACGACGGGACCGGCUGCGAUAUCACCACCGCGUGGAGAAGGCGGCGAUCAGCAUUCAGAGAAGGUACCGCGUCAUCUACGCCGCUUUACAAAGGGCGCGCGCGGCCGAGCGCGAGCGCGUCGAGAAGGCGAAGAAGAAGGCCGAGAAGGACCGCAAGGAAGGAGGUUUGUGGUGGUCCGGGAAAAUAAAAAAUCUGCCCGUGCCGGACCACGGCAAGGUCUAUGGGAACCGGACGGUGGAGACGGUGCACGGCUGGGGCUCGUGGAUCGGGGAAAAGUGGGUGCCCCUCGACGACAAGACGCGGCCGCACAAGCAGCGCUACAAGCACAAUCCCUUGAACGUGCGCUUCAAGUUCGCGCGGACCCUGCACUUCAAGAACGACGACGCGGUCCAGGAGCAGCGCGCGGCGUUGGUCGCGCGCUUGCUCGAGGAGGACAUGCGCCAGCGCCAGGCCGAGGCGGCCGUGGCCGCGGCGGACAAGAAGGCGCGGCGGGCCUAACGAUGUGUGUGUGUUGAUGGGG